CAGAUGCAACGUUCGUCCUUGCCCUCUUUCGCCAACCAUUGAACCGAUCUCGAAAUCUCUCUUCCCAUAUAAAUCUCCCAUCUUGAAAUCAAAUCUCCCUCUUUCUUGCUUUCUCUGAAAAAUCCGAGCUUUUCCUCAGUAAAUUCUUAUUUCUGUACAGAAGUUUGGGCCAAAACCUGCGUGUCGAAAUUCCGAUGCUUGUUGAACAUCUUGUCAACACAUUGACCUGCUCGCGCCUUUCGGUUAUUGUCCAAUUCGCCGGAGAAUUGGAGCUUAUUUAACGGGGUUUUUUUAAUCUUUCUCUCGCCUCGGUGACAGCAAGAGAUCGUUUUUUAUUGUUUCGGUUUUUCUUGGUAUGGCCUAUCAAGUUUCCGAUAGUAGUGGUACUGAUGAUGAUCUCCCUCCCUCACAUCAAAAUAGAGUUCCAAGAGGUGUUCAUGUUGCAGGAAAUGGAAGGUCUGUUCUAAGUUCUAACCCAUAUUCUAGGAUGCACGUCGAUAUGGAGGCUCAAAUUCACCAACUUGAACAGGAAGCUUACUGUGCUGUAUUGCGUGCUUUUAAAGCUCAGUCUGAUGCCAUUACUUGGGAGAAGGAAAGCUUGAUCACAGAACUCAGAAAAGAACUGAGAGUAUCAGAUGAUGAACACAGAGAACUGCUGAACAAGGUCCAUGGAGAUGAUAUCAUUCGAAGGAUAAGGGACUGGAGACAGGGAGGUGGACAACAAGUUGCACGACUUAGCACAUCUCAACCUGUUCAUGAUAUAUUACCCAGUCCUAACAUUUCAGCAUCCCGCAAGAAACAAAAGACAUCAUCAUAUGCCUCUGCAGGUUCUGCUGGAAAUAGACAAUUCACUAACCGGAUGUCAUCAGGUGCCACUUUGGCAAAUGAACCUGCUGAAAGAACAAGGGCUGAUCGACUAAUUGGAAGAAAAGUGUGGACAAGAUGGCCUGAAGAUAACCACUUCUAUGAGGUUGUCAUUAUUGAACACGGAGCUGAUGAUGGUCGACAUGCUCUGGUUUAUGAUAUAGGCACUGCAAAUGAGACCUGGGAAUGGGUUGAUCUCAAGGAGAUUUCUCCAGAGGAUAUUAGAUGGGAUGGUGAAGACCCUGCAAUAUCCUAUCGAGGAGGGCACGGUGGGCCAGGCCAUGGAAGCAAGAAAGCUUUUAGCCGGGGCACUCCAGUACCAGGUCCUGGGAGAGGGAGAGGUUCCACAAAGAGUCAGUUUAAAAAGGACGUCCAAUCAACACAGAAUGGUGGUGGAAGGAAAUUGUCGGAUGAUAUUGAAUUAUUAAACACGGAGACUCUGGUGAAAGAGGUGGAAAGGGUUUUUGAUGCGAGUCAUCCAGAUCCCCGUGAGCUUGAGAAUGCAAAGAAGAUGCUUAAGGAACAUGAACAGGCAUUAGUUGAUGCCAUUGCAAGACUUGCAGAUGCAUCUGAUGGUGAAAGUGAUGGAGAACCACCUUUUUCAGUUGCAUUACCAAUGGAUCAGGAAUGACAAUGGAGAAACCAGUUUGGCAUGGUGGAGGUCAUCUGGUUUUAUCAGAAAGUUGGGGAUGGUCAAGGGAACUGCUGAUGAUUUUCUUAGGA